GAGCUCGUUGAUUAACAAGAAGUAUAUAGGUACCUAUAUGUAGAACAGAUCAAGUUCGCGUUGUUUGUCGUUCGGCGUGACAUCGAAUAAUAAAAUCGUUGCAACUUUAGGGAUUCGUUUUGUCUCUGGUAACUUGAUACAGAUAUAAAACUUGAUCCACGAUAUAACACAAAUAGUAAUCGCGUUUUUGUGCUAGACACAAACUCAUGUACCUAGCAAGAUAAUGUCGAUAAAAGCACGCGAUGUUUCCCACAGUAAACGAUCAACAAGUUGCUCACAUUCAAUUGACUUCUGAUAAAGCAAAAACAAAAGACGAAACGGAAGAGGCACGGGCGACGUGCUCUUCUGUCAUGCUUAGGAGAAAUGCGUUCCUUGCGUCGUUAUCGGUAGUACUGUUUGGAGCAGGAUUUACACUCCUUUUCCUAUGGCAAAAAAUACUCGACAUGAUCCUAAGUUCCCAGCUGGUUCUGGGACCUGACAGUCAAUUGUACGGUCUCUGGCAUAAAACCCCGGUACCUUUGGACCUCGAUUUGUACCUCUGGAAUUGGACGAAUCCAGAAGAUAUCUAUAACAGUAGCGCAAAGUUCCGAUUCCAACAGGUCGGGCCUUACAGGUAUAAGGAGACUAAGGAGAAAGUGAACAUUACAUGGCAUAAUGAAAAUGGUACGGUCAGUUUUCGUCAUUUGAAGAGAUUCUAUUUCGAUGAAGAAGGAAGUGCUGGGAGAUUGGACGACAAUAUAACUUCUAUAAAUCCAAUCGCGAUCAGUGUUACCCAUCAAGCAAAGUACUGGGGAUUUGUUGCAAAGCGGGGACUCUCCAUGGUACUCAAUAAUGCAGUUUCGGAGUUACAUGUUACCAAAAAAGCGAGUGAAAUUCUUUUCGACGGAUACGAAGACUUUUUCCUAAAUGUCGCUCAAAGCAUGCCUUUCUUGGCAGGGUCUAGUAUGCCUCCGUUUAAAAAAUUUGCAUGGUUUUACGAGAGAAAUGGUUCAUCAUCGUUCGAAGGGAUAUUUAAUAUGGAAACUGGUGUGGGAAACACCAUAGGGAAGUUACAAAGAUGGAAUUAUUGGACAAGAACGCCUUAUUUUCCCGGAGAAUGUGGAAACGUUGAUGGUUCUGCGGGAGAACUGUUCCCGCCCAAACAAAAACGGGACGGCAUACGAUUUUUUUCUACAGAUUUAUGCAGAAACGUAAAGCUGGAUUACGAACAGGAUAUUAACGUUCAAGGAGUUACUGUUUACAAAUAUUCUGCGGGCAGAAGUAUGCUUGAUAACGGAACAUAUUACCCUGAAAACAGUUGUUUUUGUAACGGAGAAUGCGUUCCCUAUGGCAUAAUGAACAUUUCAUCCUGCCGAUAUGGAAGUCCCGCGUUUGUUUCUUUACCCCACUUUUAUGGAGCCGAUCCUGUAGUGUUAGAAAAAAUUGAAGGUGUAAAGCCUCAACAAGACAAACACGAAUUUUUUAUAGCUUUAGAACCGGAUACUGGUUUACCCCUUCGAGUAUCUGCUAGACUACAACUUAAUUUAUUAGUGGAACCAAUUUCAUACAUUGGUUUACUCCAAGAUGCUCCCAAAUUAUUUUUCCCAGUGCUAUGGUUUGAACAGAACGUUUCUAUGCCAGACAACUUGAUAUUUUUGGUGAAAGUGCUUUUAAAUUUGCCUUACAUAUUCCUAAGUUUAGGAACAUUCUUUAUAACGUUAAGUCUAGUGUGUGUGAUAUUAAUAGUAAAGAAAUCUCUAGGAAUAGUUGUUUGCGGAAAACAAUCCGAAUGUAAGAAAGUUUUGUCUAAGGAAGAAAUACCACUGAAAAUGAACGCUAAAUAAGCUUCCGACAACAUCACUUUUCAUUCCACUACUUCAUUUCGUGACUGUCGUUGUCAUUUUUACAUUUUAUAAUGUCGUUUUUUGUG